AUGCCCACGCAAGACGGGAGACAGCGGCGCAAAGCCAAAGCAGUAUACGCUUGGAAGAAGCUGAGAGCUGUCAUAGAGGCCAAGGUUGCUGGUGACUCUCGUUAUCAUCAGCGUAACCGGACCCUCGGCAUAAGUGCUACGCUGUCAGCGGAAGUAGAUGAACAACUGGUGGGGUGGAUAAACGAGCUGAGAGCCGAUGGUGUGCCUGUGCCGAGACCGGCGGAUCACGCAACCGUCCGUUCAAAGCCUCUUGGAGCUGGCGAAAGCAUUUUCUGCUCCGCCAUAAGCUCUCUAUUCGCCGCCGACCCGAGAAGGCCAGUCUACACCGGCCGACGCAGAGCAGAAGGUGGAGGAGUUCAGCAACAAAGGGUCAACUAUGAGUAUGUGCCUACCUCUACAAUCACUACUCGCGGGGCCAAGACUAUGUGGGUGAAGUGCGCAGGGAAAAGCAAAGCGCGGGUGACUGCAAUGCCGUUGUCCGCAUGCGACGGCUCAAAACGAGAGCCUUUCCUCAUUUUCAAGACUCGACCAUCGACCAAGCCCGAUGUCGCGAGGGAGAACAAAGUGAUGCGCCAUGGUUUUGGCGCAGACUUUGGGGCGAGGCUCACCCGCUUCAACAAGGUGUCCAUAUCUACGGCAAUGCCGCUGGGUGGAGGAACAGCGAGCUGUCUAUUGAGUUUCUGUCUGUACACUUCGGUCAGCGACCGAACAUGCACGUACCUAUUCCUCUGCUCUGGGACGACUUUCGGGGCACUGCCGGAAAGAGGUGCCUCCUGGAUACACUUACGCGCGCCAACCGGAAGACGUACCAUGGAACAAGCCACUCAAGGAUUUUAUAAGGAAGCAGUGGGUAGAGUUUAUAUUAGUUCAAGCUCGAGCGGCAUCCGCUGGAGGCACUACUUUCAAGAUGUCACCACCAACACGACUAAAUGUGGUUCGCUGGAUCACAUGCGCGUGGCAUCUCUCACCCAUACUACAAUCACUGGUGGUUUCAAGAAGGCCAAGCUAGCGAUCACCACAAUGCUGAUGCCACCACAACCGACACCACUCGCACCACCAGCAUCAGACUUGGGCCCACUCGUCAUGCUACUACUGCUGAGCAACGUCGCGCUACAAGCUGUUGAUCCAGCGAAGGGCAUCGACUAUAACGAGCUCGACGGUGAAGAAGAUGGUGCCGAGGGUGACUGCUUGGCUCAAAGCGACGCUUCUUAG